AUGCAGAGAAUAACUCGUAUGCAAGCGGCCCAGAGGGCUGCAUGCACUGCCUGCCAUCAGCGCAAGGUCAAGUGCGAUGCUCACGACGUUGGGCUGCCUUGCUCCAACUGUAGAUCAACGGAGAGAAGCGAUUGCCGCCUGCACCAAAAGCGCAAGCGUGUAUCAAAGGCCACCAAAGCUGCAGCAAAUGCUGCCGAACCACCGACAACACCGAAGACAUUGGCCCCUUCCUUAGGUUCAGAUGAAGCUGCCAAAUCUCCACAAAGCGACAGAGCCAACCCUCCCUCGUCUCCCGGCAAUGUGGAUGAGACACAAAGGACGUCCCUGUCCACUCCAGCAUCGGUCGGCGUGGCAGGGGUUGACAUCCACGCCGCCGAGAACGGGGAAUAUCUCUACAAACGUCAUCUGGUAGAGUUUAUUGACCAGCCGGAGCUUGUGGAACGGCCCAUUGACAGCAAAGCCCGCCUCACUUACAUUGGAAGCGAGGUUUCCAAUAUCAACUUCCUUGUCCAUCAGCAAUUCGGAGCCCGCGUGCGUGCAUCGGGAGUAUGUCACUACCCGACCGACCGAAUCGGGCGGCAUAUGACGAGUCACAAUCGAGUACCCUUGGACGCCUUCCAACUGCCUCCCAAGUCACUGGUCGACCAAUUGCUUACUGCUUAUUUUCGGCAUGCUAACCCAGGGUUUCCCGUUGUUGACGAGCGUAUUUUCAUACGGCAGUACCGGGCUCGGGAUCCGUCAAACCCACCCUCGUUGCUUCUCCUCCAGGCUAUCCUUGUCGUUGGUGCCCAUGUGCUGUAUGACAGCGAUCACGAGACACGUAACUCUUGUAAGAUGGUGUUUUUCAGGAGAGCCAAAAGCCUCUACGAUACUGGAUUCGAGCGUAACCGUGACACGGUCGUGCAGGCUGCGUUGCUUCUUACCUGGCAUACGGAUGGUGUUGAAGAUGUAACCGCAAAUGCGUGGUUCUGGCUGGGUGCCGCAGUACGAACAGCAAUGGGCCUUGGCAUGCACCGUGAUGCAGAUGGAAGCACUCUUGUUGCCCACAAUAAGCACAUGUGGCGACGUGUGUGGUGGUUGCUGUUUCAAAGUGAUGUCUGGGUCUCUCUCCAAUAUGGCCGGCCGCAGUCAAUACACCUCGAGGACUGCACGGUCCAAAAGCUCAAAAUGGCAGACUUUUCGGACUGCGGGGACGAUGUGCGCCCAGAAUACAUGAUGCAAAUGUCUCAACUCGCUGUGAUAGUGUCGGAAGCCGUCAGGGCGCGGUCGCGCGCAACAACCGUUGAAUCAAGCAUAUCGGCUGUGCAAAGAAGUGACGAGAAGCUCGCAAGCUGGGCACUGCGCCUUCCUCACAACCUCCAACUGCACACAAUAUCUGGGGGCAUAGAUCCUUGGACAGCCAACCUGCAUCUCCACUACAACAUGGCCCUGAUUCUACUACACAGGCCGCAGCCCCAAUCGAAAGCUCGAGCUGAACAUUUGGGGAGACGACUUGAUGAUAACCUGGAGAUCUGUGUGGCUGCCGCAGGUUCUAUACAGUCGCUUUUUCAACAACUAUGUGAGGCAAACAACUUGAAGAGCCUUUGGAUCUCAGCCAUAAAUUGUCUUUUUACGGCUCUCAUACAGCUUAGUAGUGAAAUUCGCCUGUCGAAUCCUCUUUUAGCCGUUUCAGCUUUGAGAAGAUAUGAUUCUGCUCUGGUAUCCUUGAAGCAACUCUCAAGGCACUGGCCCAACGCAGAGUCCGUCCUCCACUUUUUCGAGAAGUCAAUCCGUGUAAAUUCUAUCGAAACUACCCCGGCCAACGGACCAGACAGCCCAGCAUUUGUUCCUUCAAGUAACCAAGAUUUACGGCCAAGUGAAAAAGGAAAAGAAUCUGACCUUGACAACUCCCGUGAGGGGAAUCUACAUGAUACUAUGCAGAACAAAUCGCCUUGCUUGCUGCAGCCAUUGGCCAUUACAGAUGAACAUGGGGUUAGUCAGGAUAUAUUUGAAGCUGCAGAGGAGAUACACGAUGCAUGGAAGCAGUGGCAGAGUGAGAACUGGUCCACGCCUGAAUUUUCUGAUGAUUAUCUCUUCACAUUUUGA